AUGCGGAACAGAAACAGUCUGGUUCUCUGUGCCCUUGCCCUCCUGAUGGGCUUCCUGAUGAUCUGCCUGGGGGCCUUCUUCAUUUCCUCAGGCUCAAUAUUCGACUGUCCUGGGAACCUGAUCCUGCCUCUGGGGUUUGUGAUCCUUCUGAGUGGAAUUUUCUGGAGCACCUACCGCCAGGCGAGUGAAAGCAAUAGGGUGUUCGGCCAUGUGCUCAGACAACACCUUGCUCAGGGGGCCCUGCCCCUGGCCACAGUGGACAGGCCAGAUUUUUACCCUCCUGCUUAUGAAGAGAGUCUUCAUGCUGAAAAGCAAACCUGUCCUGCAGAGGGAGAGGCCUCGGAUGUUCCUCCACCUCUGUACACAGAGAUGGGCCUUGAAUUUGAGGAUGAAAAUGAUGCCCACCCGGAGGCUCCACCAGCCUACGAAAGGUCCGUGACAGACGGGGCGGCGGCGGCAACGCCAUCGCAGGAUGCUGAGAGGCAAAGCCCGGAGUGCUAA